CAGAAGUGAGAGUGAAUUGUUUUCAAUCGGGCUAGUUGUUAGACUGAGGCGGGAGAAAUGGAGCUUUCGGUGUUAAUGACAAUUCUAAUCUUAGGCAUGCAUCAAAUUACCGCAAAGACAAGUCCUGUGAUUGUCUCACACGAUGGCAAAACGCGACAUAGUCAAAAACAGAAUGCGGUAUCGACAACAGCUAAACCCGAAACCAGAUAUCAAAUUGUACAAAAAUAUGUACAACGAGCACAGCCAGAGAAAACGCCCAGUCAUUACACCCAAAGUGUAGCCGCCGUUCCUCAGCAACUGCAACAGGUCACUGUUCAACCGUUUCAAUUGCAUCAACAAGUGGUACCGAUACAAACACAGCUUCAUCCGCAGUCGCAGCAACAACUCCUACAGUUAAUACAGAGGGUUUUGUACAGCACACAACAAAAUAACCAGCCUACAGCUAUGAUAAUUAUAGCUCAGCCGACUUAUAUCCCAGCCAAUGUUGUUUAUGGAAAUGCAGCUCAACAAUUAUUAAACUAUCCCCAAGCUCGGUUCCAGUAUUCUCCAGUCACAUCUCACACCCAAACUCUUCAACAUUAUGUCCCCCAAACUCAAGCAGUACAAGUGACUCAGCCAAUACAGUCCUAUCCAAUAUUACCAGCUCCAGCGCAAUAUCAAACUAAAAUGGUUCAACUGCCUACAAGCCAAACUACACAUAUGUCACCAGUACAAACUGCAGAGGCAUACAGCCAACAAGUCCCACUGCAGUUGUCACAGAUAGCUCAGAUGACUCAACUAUCUGCCCAGCAGUAUUACCCACAAAGCCAGUACGUACAAGCACAGGUACAAGGACAGAUGCAAACACAGGCGCAAGCACAGUUGCAAGUAGAGCCGAAAGAGAACCAAGUCGAAUAUCCUUCAUCUAUUCCGCCAAUUAUAACUGGUUUUGAAAACUUUACCCCUGAACAGCAAGAGAAAAUCAAGGCUCAACUUUCAGCUCACUUUGGGGCACCACUCAAACCUUUAAAUAUUGGUAGAAAAGAUAAUAAGUAUCAACUUAACACUGACGAGUUUAUACCCAGUCCCCAGGUCAAAACUGAAAGAUCCUCAAACGUUAUGAGUAUUUCUAAAGAUGUCAAGUAACGUUGGAACUCGCUUAUAAUUUCUUCUAAAAUGGUACAAAUAGUCACAUUAACAUCUAUUUUCAUCUAAAAUGAGUUAUGUAUCAAUUUUCUACACCAAAGUUAGUUAUAACAUUACAAUAAACUUACAGCUACUUCGAAUUAUCAAGAAGCACGCUGUUUAAAUACCUCGAAUGAUUUCUUAGUGCGUUUUGAAAGAAGACUAGCCGCUAAGUGGGUCUCGGUAGGUUGCAUAUAGUGCCGCAACGUCUGAAAAUCGGAAAAGCGUGCCGAAUUACUUAACGACUACUCUUAACACGUUGGGUGCCGUAAGACACGAAUGUUGUGUCUCAUGUUGUUUCCAAUUACAGCCGCGUGACACACCGUAGUUGUCUGGUUAUCAUAGAAACGGAAGCCUCGUGGCUUAGGGGACCAUCUUUUUUAACAUUACGGCAGCCAACGUGUUUUAAAGAGAGUUAUAGUCCUUGGGCUCACCAUUUGCAAAAAAAUUAUUACCUUCCUCAUGAGAUUUUUAUUCAGCUAUUCAUGUCGAGUCGGUCAACUUUACUACUUCGGAAAAUUUUCGGGAAGGGGGAGUUUCGUAAAUAUAGAGAUUUCUAAACUUUCGUGUGUCCGACAACUAGAAUACCCUUAAAAAUUUGUCGGACAAUAUUACCAGUAAAUUGUAAGUAUUUUUAUCAAUACGCCUUUCCAUAGGGGAAGCGGAUGCAUCAUAAAGAGUCAUAAAAUUUAUACCUACCCUCACAGCUGAUUUUUGCAAGGUUGUUUGAUAAAAAUAUUUACAAUUAACUGGUAAUAUUUUCAGACAAAUUUUUAAGAGUAGGUACUCCAGUUGUCGGACGCACCAAAGUUUAGAAACCUCUAUAGUUACGAAGUACACCCCUCCCGAAAAUUUUCCGAAAUAGAAAAUUUGUCCGAAUCGACAUAAAUAACUGAAUAAAAAAAUGAAAUGAGUGCCGACACUGGUUCAGAUCGGUCUUCCUGCAAAGCCUCUUUGAUAACGGGUAAACCUAGAAACACGGUGUCAGGGGAUGGCAAGAGGCCCGAUUUGAAUCAAAACGAAACCGUUUAUUAUGCACUACGUAUAUUGUUAGUUUUUUCGUUUAGUGUUUUAUUAUGUUUCUAAAUAAUAUAUUAGCCUUUUACUAUGCUUUUUACUUUCUAUUAUCGUUCUACUUUCUUUUUUCUCAGCAGCUUUUUUGCCGUUCUCUCUUAUUUUACUGUUUUAUCAUUCUUCUUCAUAAUGCUUUACCUAUUAUGUUUCUAAAUAAUAUAUUGGCCUUUUACUACGCCUUUUUACUUUUUAUUAUCUUUCUGCUUUCUUUUUUCUCAACAGCUUUUUUGCCGUUUUCUCUUAUUUUACUGUUUUAUCAUUCUUCUUCAUAAUGUUUUACCUAUUAAUAAGUAUUUUUUCUAUCCCAUAUGUUAUUUAAUUAAUUAUGUGAUUGUUAUAUUAUUUGUAAUUGAAUUAUAUAAAAUUAUAUUAAUUCAUAAUAUAUUUAAUUAAUUGGUAUUAAAAUUGUGCAAAAACAGGAUACACUGUAUUUUUUCUCAAUUCUUUUUCUUUUUUGUUUACUGUUUUAUUUAGUAUUUAAUUAAACUGUACAGGGUUAUUCACUAUAUUUUGACCCCCUGUAAACUGCUUUAUUUACAGAAUUAAAAAAAAAUGUAAAAAACAAAUUUAUUCGAUUUUUAAAUUAUGAUAUUUUGACAUAUAUAUCGUACUAGUGACGACAUCCGUCUGGGCGAGAUGACGCAACCGACUAUUUUUUUAAAUGAAAAUAGGGGCCGAGUGCUAGCUCAUUUGAAAAGUUAUUCAAUUACCUAUUCAGUAAUAUAAACAUUAACAUGAUUAAUUAUACAGGAUGUCGAAAAAAAUUUUUUAAUUAAAUUAAUUGACACAAAAAGAAGAAUGUAUGCAAUUUAUUUAAUUCAAAAUACAUUCUACUGCUGUCAGAAAACAGAAAUAAAUGUUUAUUGAACAAAUAAACAUUACUUUUCACUUAAAUUCAAUGUUCAAGCUGCCACCCAUCUGCCUCUUGGCAGUUUAAACAUUGAAUUUAAGCAAAAAUUGAUGUUUAUUUGUGCAAUAAACUUUUAUUUCUUCUGUUUUCUAACAGCAGUAAAAUGUAUUCUAAAUUAAAUAAAUUACAUACGUUCUUCUUUUUGUGUCAAUUAAUUUAAUUCAAAAAAAUUUUUUGGACACCCUGUAUAAAUAAUUAUCUUAACGUUUAUAUUACUGAAUAGAUAAUUGAAUUAACUUUCAAAUGAGCUAGCACACGACCCCUAUUCUCAUUUAAAAAAAUAGUCGAUUACGUCAUCACGCCCAGAUGGAUGACGUCACUAGUAUGUUAUAUAUGUCAAAAAAUCAUAUUUUAAAAAUCGAAUAACUUUUGUAUUUUACUUUUUUUCUAAUUCUGUAAAUAAAGCAGUUUACAGGGUGGUCAAAAUAUAGUGAAUAACCCUGUAUAUCCUUUUUUAAUUGCUUGUCCUUUUUUAAUGUCUACUUUCUGUUAUUAUAUUUCUUUAUCGUGGUUUAGUAUUUUAAUAUGUCUCUCUUACUGUUUAUCUAUAAUUAUUUAUUUAAACUGUUCGUUGUUUUUUUAUUUUUUUAAUUCUUUUACUUUUUUUAGUUCUUUGGUAUAUUACUGUUUUAUUAUGUUUUUUUAUCUUGUUUUAACUGUUUUCUUCUUUGUUUAGUCUUCUGUUAAUUUACCUUUUUAUUAUGUUUCUUCAUAUUGUUCUAAACUUUUUCUAUGCUUUCUAUUAAAAUUUAGUUUUUUAUUUUAUUUUUAGGAUGUACAUAUUGCUUUUUCCUUUUUUUAACUGUUUCUUUAUUCUUCCCUGCUUGUCUAUCUUUUUAUUAGGUUCUAUCUAUUGGUUUCACCAUUUUUUAAUAUAUUACCCAAUAACUUAAUAAACUGCUUAAUAUUUGUUCUUUUCCUUUCUUUUGUCUUAUAAUGCCUUUUUUCUCAUACAUUCCUUUUUCUUAUUUUCCACUGCUAUAUUUUUAUUUUUUAUGUUUACCCUCUUUUAUAUUUUUUACAACUUCUUUUCUUUCUAUGUUUCUUUAAUAAAAUCUUAUCUGUUGUUUAUUAAAUUUUACACUGAUUUCUAUUUUUCCCAAUGUUUUAUAUAUUUUCUGUUCGUUUAUUUUUUUUUUAGGUAGGUACUAUUAAUUUCUCCUUGUUCUUAUUUUAUUUCUUCAAAAAAGUUUAUCUUUUGUGUGCUUUUUUUAUAGCUUAGUUAAUUAGUUAAUUGAACUAUAAAUUGCUGUCUUCUAUUUUUCAAAUAUUUUUUUUCUCUGUUCAUUUUAUGUUUCUUUGAAUCUUUUUAUUUUAUUUUCAAAUUUUGUAAAUUCUUUUUGUACCUUUUUUCUGUCUUUUUUAUUGUUUUAAUAAACUGUAUAUUUCUUCUUGCUUUUUACACCUACUUUUCGCACAUUUUUCUUCUCUAUUAACCUUUUUUCUUAACUGUUUUUUCUUUUUAUUUUUGUGUUGGAUUAGUACUGUAUUAGACUGAUAUUUAUGUACUAUUUUAACUUCUUUCUCGGUCUUUUUUAUUAACUUUUCUAUUAUUAGUAUACUAAUUUUCUUUGUAUAUUUUAUGAUUAUUCUUUCUUUACUUUUGUACUUCCAAUAAUGCUUAAUUUCAUUGCUUUAUUUCUUCUUUUUUUACUAAUUACAUACAUACUUAUAUAGGUUUAUCUUAUUGCAUAGUUUUUACACUUUAAUAUUGCUGUAUAUAUUAUACCCUUUUUUCUUCCUCUAUUGCCCCUGUAGUUUAUUAAAAUCUACUCUUAAGGGGAAAGGCGCAAAAUGUCGCUUGCAAAAAUUUUCAAUGUGUUUUAAAUGUAUUCAUUAUUUUCGAAUCCUGAGAAAACUAAUAAGUAUUUUUGAAAAAUUUGAACGCAAAAUGAAAGAUUACGUUAUUAAAGAGAGCCGAAAGUCCCUUAGAAUAAAUAAAAAGUUUCUUUUGAAUGAAAUAUUUUCAAUUAAACAUCACACUAAAUUUUCUCUUUUAUUUUCACCCCUGUAACUUAUUAUAAUAAGUAUAAUAGAAGUUUUCAAGGACUUUCGGCCUUCACUAAUAAUGUAAUCUUUCAUUCUGUGUUUAAAUUUUUCGAAAAUAUUUAUUAGUUUUCUCAGGAUUCGAAAAAAAUGAAUACAUUUAAAACAUAUUGAACAUUUAGACAGGCGACAUAGAUAUUUAUAUUUUUCAUAUUUUCUUUGAUGUUCUUCAGUUCAAUUUUCUUUUUAUCGCUUUUCAUCGGUUCCAUUGUAUUUUCUUCCUAUAUUGUGCUCUUCAUUGCCCUCCUUUAGUUUAGAGCACUAUUUGUUCAUAUCUAUAAACAACACAAGAUACCUUUUGUCUUUUCACACAGUAUUGAUUUAUCAUUAUUCACUUUUUCCUACUUAGCUUGAAGAAAGAUCUCCAUUUAUAUCCACUCUUAAAGUGGUCCAAAAUCUUUUGUUGAAUAUAAUAAUUGACUACGUUUUAGAUGACGUGAUUGACUAUUUGGCCACUUAGAUAGAAUUAUAUGGGAGAUCUGGGAAUUUAAUAAAAAUAAAGUGGGAACUAAAAGGGCUAUAUUUUAUGUAAUAUCAUUUAAUGUGAUAAACUUGAAAUAUUGUCCAUAUGAUAUGUCUUACGUUUGUAGGUACUAUGUAAACAAUUUUUAAUAGGUACCUUUAUUUUUUAAUUUUAAAUACUUUAAGCUGGAAUCUGAAUAUGUGUAUAUUACUUUCUACAGAAAAAUUAGUUACACUUUUUCAAGUAAAAAUAAUUGUAACCGUGUUGAAAGUAUGAAGCAUGGAAAUAGUUAUGGCUAAGACAAACGUUGCACAAAGUAAAUGAUAAAAAUACUACAUAAUAACAUUAGAGCUUAAGGCCCGGUACUUUAUGUCUCGAUUAACAGCCCGUUAGUUAACGGAGGUUUAGUCGGGACCUCUUUAGGGUCUCUUGCGUUGUAAUAAAUGCAAUUAUAGUUAUUAUUAUACUUAUUUAUAAUUAUAAUAAUACUUGUAAUUUGUAAUUGCAUUUAUUACAACGCAAGAGACCCUAAAGAGGUCCCGAUUAAACCUCCGUUAACUAACGGGCUGUUAAUCGAGACAUAAAGUACCGGCCCUAAAUCUUUUAAUCUCAGAAUAAUUUCCGAUGUACAAUUUAUAAACAAUAAUAAUAUUUUUAUUAUUUUUCUAGAAUUACCAUUUGAUUUGUAUAUAUAUGUUAUUGUUGAAACUGUUUUAAUUUUUAUACUAAGUUAUUUAUUGUUGCUUGUUUCUUGUUAUGUAAUGUUUAAUAAACUAUUUUUAUACAAA